AUGGCCAACGUGACCACAUGGGCACCCUGCCCCCUGGCACCCCAUGUCUUAGCACAAAUCCCCUUCGACCAAACUCAGUAUGGCAUUCCCUCUCUCCGCUUUGCCAGUACAUCGUACAGGACAGGAUGGAGAGGGGGGCAGAAACUACUCACCACCCUGCUUGGAGCCCGGGGGCACUCUCCUAGACUCCCAGUGGCAUCUCGGCCCGGAGUUGGACACCCUGGGUUGCGGGCGGUGGGGGAAGUCGUUUCUUUGGUAGCUCUCAAAACUCUUGCGAACAGCGCAACCCAAGCCCAGGCAACUCAAUGCAACCAGCUGGGGGGGGGGGGCGGGAGAGAUGGAGGAAGGAAACUGGGAGCUGGGGGUGGGGGAUGGAGUGAGUGUAAGGGGGGGGUGACAUCAGGGGGCGGGCCUAGCCAACCCCAAGGUGGGGGGGGGACGAGAAACAAGGACCUCACUCCUUUAGCUGGAGUCCUAAGACCCGAAACCUUGUCUAGGAGGUGUUCAGAGAGAAAGAUUCGGAGAUCGCUGCUCCGCGUUCCACGGGGGUUGCCUGUAGCACCCGCCCCCUCCGCACCCCUUUCCAGGGCCCUACGGCGCUCUAAGUGCCAGAUUGCAGCCCCUGGGGACGCGGGCCCUUUAAGGGGUGGGGCUUCUUGCCAUCGCGGACCGCCUUCCGCUGGAUCGGACCCGCGCGUGCCCCGGGUCAACCGCUGUUGCUCCUCCCUUCCCCGCCGACCCCGGAAGUGGAAGUCUGUGGAGGUCGGCAGCAGUGGGGACGGAAGGCGGAAGCGGAGCGUGAGCGGGAGGCCGAGCCGGGGGAGCGGCUCUCGUAGCUCCCCCGGGCUCCGGACCUCGCAGGAAGGAGAGCGUUGCUGCCGCUGCCUGGUUUGUGUCUCUCUUCGCCUUCCUAGCCCUUUUCGCCCCCAUGCCAGGGCCAAACUGGGCUUCGGGGGCGCCCUCCCCCCGGCCCCGCCCCGUCCCUCCCCUCUCUUCCCGCGGCUCCCCUGUUCCCCCGCCCUCACCCGUUAG